AUGGCUGCGGCGGAGGGACCCUCCUUUUGGCUGGGGAAUGAGACUUUGAAAGUGCCUGUGGCACUGUUUGCCUUGAACAGAAGACGGCUGUGUGACCGCCUGAGACAGAAUAAGGAUGUCCAGAAGAACUCAAUUGUUCUGCUGCAGGGUGGAGAGGAAACCCAGAGAUACUGCACUGAUACUGGUAUUGUGUUUCGCCAGGAAUCUUACUUUCACUGGACUUUUGGAGUAACUGAAGCAGGCUGCUUUGGAGCAGUAGAUGUUGAUACUGGAAGAUCUAUGCUUUUUGUUCCACAACUCCCUGAAAGCUAUGCUGUUUGGAUGGGAAAGAUUCAUCCCCCUGAAUUUUUCAAGAACAAAUAUGCUGUGGAUGAAGCCUACUAUGUGACUGAGCUUUCCAGUGUAUUGGCUUCGAAGAAACCUGCUGUACUUCUCACUUUGCGUGGUGUUAAUACUGACAGUGGAAAUGUCUCCAAAGAAGCUUCCUUUGAGGGGAUCAGCCAGUUUAAUGUGAACAACAAAAUUCUUCAUCCUGAAAUUGCAGAAUGUCGUGUCAUUAAGACAGACAUGGAGUUGGAAGUUCUGCGCUACACCAAUAAAAUCUCCAGUGAAGCUCAUAAAGAGGUAAUGAAGGCUGUAAAAGUAGGAAUGAAAGAAUACGAGCUGGAGAGCCUGUUCCAGCACUACUGCUACACUCGCGGCGGCAUGCGCCACACCUCCUACACUUGCAUCUGUGGCAGUGGGGAGAACUCAGCUGUUUUGCACUAUGGCCAUGCUGGAGCCCCAAAUGAUAAAACUAUUGAAGAUGGAGACUUAUGCCUGUUUGAUAUGGGAGGAGAAUAUUACUGCUACAGCUCUGACAUCACCUGCACCUUCCCUGCCAAUGGCAAGUUCACAGCUGACCAGAGGGCUGUCUAUGAGGCAGUGCUGAAGGCCUCAAGGGCUGUCAUGGCAGCAAUCAAGCCAGGGGUGGCCUGGCCUGAUAUGCACCGUCUGGCUGACAGAGUCCAUCUGGAGGAGCUGACCAGAAUUGGCAUUCUGAAAGGCAAUGUGGAUGACAUGGUGAAGGUUCAUCUGGGUGCAGUAUUUAUGCCACACGGACUUGGACAUCUCCUUGGAAUCGACGUGCAUGAUGUUGGAGGCUACCCAGAGGGCGUGGAGCGCGCGGAGGAGCCGGGGCUGCGCAGCCUGCGCACGGCGCGCCGCCUGCAGCCGGGCAUGGUGCUCACCAUCGAGCCGGGCAUCUACUUCAUCCAGCCCCUCCUGGAGCAGGCCCUGCACGACCCUGCCCAGGCCUGCUUCAUCAACAGAGACGUCCUGCAGCGCUUCCGGGCCUUCGGUGGGGUGCGGAUCGAGGACGACAUCGUGGUGACAGCCACGGGCAUGGAGCUGCUCACCUGUGUCCCACGGACCGUGCAGGAGAUCGAGGCUUUCAUGGCAGAAGGCCAGAGCUGUGCCAAAGCAUUUGGCUGCCUCUCCAGCCCAAAGCAGUAAACUUCAGGGUGAUACUUACUGCCUCAACUAAUCAGUCAUCAUUCUGAUUUAAUGCUGCAGCAUAGAAAAUAAAAUGCAUCCAAUUCUUAAUAGCAAGAAAAUCAGCAGUUUACGUGACCAAGUGGCAGCCAAAUAACCCUGCUGCCUUGUCAGGGGGGCUCAUACUUCUGUCAGAUCUCAGCUCAGAUGUAUCUUGCAAUUAAAUCUGAAUUUUGAUGAUUGGGACUCUAAAACACCAAAUGGAUUAUCUGAAAGCUAUGAGCAAUUGUAACACUCUUAAGUCCUUUUUUAAACUUCAUCACAAGUACUGUGAAAAACAGAAAUAAAAAUCAGUUGUUCUCAGUGGACAUAAUGACAUUUUUCUUAUGGAUCUGUAUCCAUGUACUAAGCAGAAACAAAUUUUUAUUAAAAUUCACCUUGGCAUCA